AUGUUGCAGUCUCUCAGUACCUCUAGUCCGUAUACUCCAGGAUCCUUUAUGGCUAAAAAGCUUGAUUCUUUACCCCUGGGGGUUUCUAGCCAGUCUACAAAUGUUCAGAGUUCACCCAGUUUGUCUUCAUCAAGCACCCAGAGCAGGUCUGCAACUUCCAGAUACAUUAUCCCUGUGCAAGGAGGUAGUAGCUCUGUUAGUUUAUCUCACAAGUCUCCUGGCACUCUGGGUCAGUAUUCUCCCAUGUCCCCUACAAAAUAUGCAAGUGCUCCAAUGUCUGCAGCUCAAGCUACCACAAACAGCAGGUCUUCCUAUAGAGCAGUUUCACAGGCUGGUUCUCUGUCUCAAAUGGGAGCUUCUGGUCAGUUUACAUCUCUGGGAGGGAAGUAUUACAGGGGGUUUCUUCCACAGUCUCAAGCCACCUCUAGUCCAUAUGCUCUUGGCCACUCCAAGCCCUUUGCCUCACCCCACAGCACUGGUGGACUAGCUGGAAGUGUCUUGAGUUCCCGUAAGCAAUAUAACUCUGGGGCUCAGUUUGGGGCAUCUACUGGUCUUGCCUCGCAGGGAAUGAGCAGCUCUAACGCUGGUUCUGUCCCGUCUCAAGGUACCACAAGUCAGUUUGCUCCUGGGGCUUCCCCAUAUGCAAGUGCUUCACUCUCCUUACCCAAAGUUGGUACAUCUUCUACUGUUCCGGCUUCCGGGAAGCAGCUUACCUCUACUUACACUGGUAGCUCUGGCACCCAGGCAGGAUCCUCAACUCCAUUUAUCCUGCAUGGAAGCACUGCUUCUGGUGCAUCACAUCAUCCUCAAAAUACAGCAAGUCCGUCUGCCUUCAAGUCUCCAUCCUCCUAUACAAGUGUAUCACUGUCCUCAUCCCAAGCUGGUCCAUCUUCUACUGGUCAGGGUUCUCGGAAGCAACAUUCCUCGACCUAUAUGGGCAGCUCUGGCACCCAGGCAGGAUCAUCCAGCUUCACUCUGCAGGGAAGCACUGCUUCUGAUGGAUUACCUCAGCCUCAAGGUCCUGCUAGCCUGUUUUCCCCUGGGUCUCCAACCUCAUAUCCAGGUUCAUCACUGUCCUCAACCCAAACUGGUUCAUCUACUGUUCCGGGUUCUCUGAAGCAGCUUACCUUUUCCUUCAUGGGCAGCCCAGAUACCCAAACGGGGUCUUCAACCCCUUUUAUCCUGCAGGGAAGCACUGCUUCUGGUGGAUCACAUCAGCCUCAAGCUGCUGCAAGUCAGUCUGCCUCUGGGUCUCCGUCCUAUGCAAGUUUAUCACUGUCCUUACCCCAAGCUGGUCUAUCUACUACUCUGGGUUCUCAGAAGCAGUUUACAUCUGCCUACCAGGGAGGCUCUGGGGCUCAGAUUGGGGCCUCAGCAGAUUUUGCCUCGCAAGAAAUGACCAGCUCUUACAGUGGUUCGCUGCAGUCUCCAGGUACAACUAACCAGUUUGCUCCUGGAUCUCCAUCCUCAUAUCCAGAUUUAUCAUUCUCUUCACCCCAAGCUGGUCCAGUUACAUUUCCGGGUUUUCUUAAGCAACAUGCCUCUACCUAUAUGGGCACCUCUGGCACUGAGGCAGGACCAUCCAGCUUCACUCUUCAGGGAAGCACUGCUUCUGGUGGAUUACAUCAGCCUCAAGAUACUGCUAGCCAGUUUUUCCCUGGGUAUCCAUCCUCGUAUCCAGGUUUAUCACUGUCCUCACCCCAAGCUGGUCUAUCUACUAUUCUGGGUUCUCUGAAGCAGCUUUCCUUUACCUUCAUGGGCAAUCCUAGCACCCAGGCAGGGUUCUCUAGUCCCUUUAGCCUGCAAGGAGGUAUAACUUAUGAUGGAUCACCAGAGCCUCCAGGUACUGCUAGUCAAUUUGCCCCUGUUUCUCACUCAUGUCCAUGUGCAUUAUCCCCAUCUCAAGGUGUUUCCAGUCAAUCUACUAUUCAGGGCUCUCAGAAAAAGCUUGCCUCUAAUUUCGCAGGCAGCUCUGGUACCCAGGCAGGGUCCUCUACUGCUAUCCUGCAGAGAAGCACUGCUUCUGGUGGAUCAUCUCAGCCUUAAGAUACCAC